AUGUCUGACAUGUUGAGCCCAAUAUUCAGGCUUCUUCCAUCAAAGAGUCAGCUUCUCAUCCCACCGCCCCUGCUGAUCGGCAUUGGAGCUCUAGGAUUCGUUGGCCUUUGUUCUCGAGUCAACUCGUACCUAUCCAGACGAGCUCUUAAUGGUGUGACAGCAACACUGCCCUGGGACUCGGAGCGGGAGGUCGUCGUCGUGACAGGUGGCUCCAGCGGAAUCGGUGCAGCAAUCGUUGAGCUGCUAGCGCACAGGGGUAUAAAGACCCUCAUCCUGGACGUGACAGAACCCCGAGAGGAGCUGAGAUCGAACACAUUCUUCUUCAAAGUCGACCUCGCCAAAGCUGAGGCAAUAAAAUCAAUUGCAACCAAUAUCCGCUCGGAACAUGGAGACCCCACAGUCCUUAUCAACAAUGCAGGCAUUGAAUUCAACAAGCCUUUAUUGGGCCUCGAAGAGUCUCAAAUUCGAAGGACUUUUGAUGUCAAUAUCCUCGCUCACUUUCUGCUUGUCCAGGAAUUUCUACCAGCGAUGGUAUCUCUUAACCACGGCCACGUGGUGAGUGUAGCCAGCCUAGCGUCAUUUACCACAAGCGCUAUCAAUGUGGAUUAUGCGUUGACGAUGUCAAGUAUUUUUCAUCCAGGUUGGGUUCGGACUCCGUUAAUUCAGAAAAUGGUUGAUAGUGGUGUCCGUGAUGGACAGAUCCUUGAGCCGAGGGAUGUUGCAGAGAAAGUUGUUAACCAAAUAAUAUCGGGAUUGGGAGCUCAGGUUUUUGUCCCAUCAAGCCAUUGGAUAUUGCCGUUUGUGCGGGCUUUGCCUUGUUGGGCCCAGGAGGCUAUCAGAAAUCAGCUUUCUGUGAAGAGGAUAGCUGCGCUGACCUGA